GGCGGAUCCUGCAAGACGAAUCUGUUCCACGUCAACCAGACCUGGGCACUCCCUGGCACCGGAUUCGCGACUUUCCAUCUGCUGCCCCCGCUGCACACUGUGGCGCUGGGGAUAUGCAUGGACCUCAACGUGCGGCCGCCGCACAACUGGACAAUCACGCAUGGCCCGUUUGAGCUGGCCGCCCAAUGCCUCGAGACCAACGCGAGUCUGCUCGUUCUCUUGAAUGCGUGGCUGGACUCUGGCCGGGCCGACAAUGAGG